GCUUCUCCAGCAGCCCAUGUUGGAGCAUUCAGUCAGCAUACAUUUUUUCCACAACUUUGAUGGGGAAAGAUAGUAUUAUUUUUAUGUGAGUGAAUCCUGUUUGGAGAAGCAACACAGCGAGGAAGGCAAGGAAACACAGCCAGACCUUUUCCCCUGCUUUAGUAGCAAUCGAUAGAGUCACUCACACCACUGAGAGAACAUGGCCAGCUCAAAGCAAUUUUCUCAAGGUGAGAGGCCACAGAAACAACAAAAUUGCCAGCAACAGAAGCUCCAAUUCCCAAUGAAAGGAUUCCCAAGGUUGUACAGAAAGUAAUGAAUAUCAAUUCUGCUGCAAUAUUAUUUACCUCCUAGGAGAAAACACUCUCCAGCACUCAGGCUCAAGCACCUCUAAAAGUUCACAGGAAAAAAUGAUAACAACAGAGAGAUGCAAGCCAGAGAGCAAACUGGGGGAUCUGUUCAGCAGCUAUACCGGCGUCACGUACCUUAUUUCUCUUUAGCACCCUGCCACAGGAAGCUUGGCAAAAAUGAAGAUGGUCUCAGUGCUGCUUCUGCUGAGCACCCUCCUGGGUACCCCUGCGGCACCUUCCCGGCAUCCUUCUUGUUACCGGAGAGCCCUCAAAGACCACAGCUGUGACAGCAUGCCCGAUGGCACAGAGAACCUUCGCCAAAUCGAUGAUGGUCUGCAAAAUCAUUUUUGGGAAGGGAAGGGCUGUGACACGAUCUGUUACUGCAGCUGGAAUGAAUUGCUCUGCUGCCCGAAGGAUAUUUUCUUUGGACCAAAGAUAUCUUUUGUGAUACCCUGCAACAGUCAGUGAUGGAUAUAAAGUCUGCCAGUGAAGACAACAGACAUCAUUCUACAGUCACAUAACAAUGCUUUCAAAGGAGAAAGCAAAACCACCACCUCAAAAAAAAAACAUUCUAACCACAAGACAGUGCCUCUUUUUACACUGUAGAAAAAAAACUUUUCUAUACCUUUUCAUAAUCUCAAAUAUGUAAAAAGUUCUCCUUUCAAAUCUGAUAGCUGACUUAAAUUCCCAUAAUGGUGUAAAAGAC